AUGGCCAGCGAAGACAGUAAGACACUUGUAAAUAAAGAAUUUCUUACAGGCGUUGUUGAAGGGUUUUAUGGUCGACCUUGGACAUAUCCUCAACGGAAAGAACUGUUUCGGAGGAUGAAUCAAAUGGGGAUGAAUGCUUACCUAUAUGCUCCUAAGGAUGAUAUAAAACACAGACAGUCAUGGAGGGAUUUGUACACUCCAGAGGAAGAGCAGCAACUUCAGUUUUUGAUCACUGAGUCCACUGAAGCUGGAGUACUUUUUAUUUUUGCUAUAUCACCGGGCUUAGAUGUAACGUUCUCUAGUGCUAAAGAAGUAGAUAUUUUAAAGAAAAAAGUUGAUCAGGUUUCAAAACUUGGUUGUCGUGCAUUUGCCCUUCUUUUUGAUGAUAUUGAACCGCGCCUAUGUCCUGCAGAUCGAGAGGUAUUUAACUCAUCAGCCCGUGCUCAGGUUAUGUUCGCGAAUGAAAUUUACAAUCAUUUAGGAUGUCCAGAUGUCUUUUUAUUCUGUCCAACGGAGUACAGUGCAAGUUUAGCAGUACCUAAUAUUAAUAAGUCAGAAUAUCUAGCGACAGUCGCUUCCUGUUUAGCACCAGGUAUCGCUGUAAUCUGGACCGGUCCGCUUGUAGUAUCUAAACGAAUUUUAACUAAGGAGCUGAAGGAAUUAUCUACUUUACUACAACAUCCUAUCGUUUUAUGGGACAAUCUACAUGCUAAUGAUUAUGACCAGCGUCGCGUAUUUAUAGGACCGUACAGUGGUCGACCCUUAGCUUUACGUCGCCAAGGCUUGCUUAGAGGAGUGCUGACCAAUCCGAAUUGUGAAUUUGAAGCAAACUAUGUGGCGUUCCAUACUCUUGCACAAUGGUCGAGACAAGCUGGUAGCAAACAUAUAAUACAAUCAACUGAUACAGAAAUGCUAUGUACAAGUGAGGAUUUUGAAUCUAAUGCUUCUGAUGAUAACGAAGUGAUUGAUGAUGGUAUCGAUGAUCAAAAGUCAGGUGAUAUUAAUGAACACCCGUCUGUCUGUCAGGAUGACUGUGUAAGUAGAAAACGACAAUAUGCAUCUGUUUACAGACCUCGUGAGGCUCUCCGUAUAGCUUUGCGAGACUGGCUUGCAUUAAUGCUUCAGGUUGGUGCUUCAAAACCUAGCACGGCUAUAGGUACUCCUACACCUAUGGAUACAGAUAAUCUUGAAACUGGUCAAAACGAAGCUCCUAUGCAGGUUGAAUCCACCCCUUCCAAUGUCGUCAUGACUUCUGAUAAUAAUUCUUCUGAAACCCCUAUUUCAGGUGAUGUAAAUUCAGUUACUGUUACCUUAGAGGAUUUGGAAAUGUUCGCUGAUCUUUUCUAUUUACCUUUCUCUCAUGGACCCUCAGCUAUUCGUCUACUAGAAUUAGGACAUUGGUUACGUGAAUAUUCGUAUGUUUGUGGACCUAACCCAUCUGAUCUUGAGAAAGCAACUGAAUGGAACAAAAAGUUAUCAGAUUAUAUAGAUAUGGUUUCUACAAUUGGUCGAAUACGAGAUCGUAUACAACGUUUGCCAUCUAAAAGUAUCUCCUAUGAACUAGUACCAUAUAUAACCGAAGUUCAUAGUGUAGUUGGAAUUAUCCUGGAUUAUUUCCGAUGGUUAGAAACUGGAGUCAUGGCUUUUCGUAGCAUGUCUCAUUUAAAGCGGCUUUUAACAUGGUUUUCGCCUGGUUACCGUGAUAUGGUAACAUCUGGUGAUCAAGAACCAUGGACAUUUCGUGGUGGAUUGAUAACAGAACUUCAGAGAAUUUUACCUCUCGAAUCUGCUCAAGAUCUUUUCCCUGCACCAAGUCGUGCUGUCCCAGGCAUGACUACCAUUCCUUGUUUGAAUUGGCCUGAUAAUGCAUCAAGUGUAUACACACCACUUGCGCCUUCUGUUCCCCCAAUGAUUCCAAUUCAACCUUCAAUUUUCCCAAAUUUUUCAAGGUUUCCAUCAUAUAUAGUUCGACCAUAUAGACCUGAAGAUAAAUCAUGUAUGUAUGGCUUAUUCAGAAAACUACUUUUGACUCGUGUUGGUUUACCUGAAAACGCUCUUCCAUUAGAAUUCCAGGAUUUACCAGGUGACAAGUAUUUACUUCCAUUUCUACAACAUUCACCUGAAAAUUGUUUUAUGGUUAUGGGUCCACCCUUCCUGCAGACCUCAGUUGAUUGCUCUAGCUCAGUCACAAAUACUGAUCAUUCUACCACAGGUAAUUGUGUUGGCUUUGGUGUUUCAGCACCAGAUGCUGUAUGUUGGGCUCGUGAACGUACUACUCACUAUCGAGAGUCAAUGAAAUUGAAAUAUCCACGUGAUUUCCAAAUUGGAAUACACAAUUUAUCGCAUUGUAACAAAUUAUUCGUUGGAAAUGGUGAGACCAACAACUCUAACUUGAACGUUGUUACUGCGACUGAUACUGCUCGACUGGAACCUCCUGUAAUUUCAUCUGCCCCACUUUCCCCUUUAACAGAUGAUCGUUCUUCAAGCAUUACUCCAAGUCAAAAUUCUGUGGCUGUCGAAGAAUUCAUCAAGUCUAUGAUUUCUUCUUUCCACAAUGAUACAUCUGAAGUUGUUGAUAUUGCUGCAGCUGUGAAUUUAAUCCCUCCUCCUGAACCACUUGGUGGAUGCCUUCCCAUGGAGCCACCACUAUCUGGUUGUUUGGAACAAUGUGAACCUAAUUGUACGACUGCUCCAAUCACUUCUAAUAUUCCUACUAAUUUGUCAUCUCAAUUAGAAUUAAAGUCUUCUUUUCCUAUUGAUGAAUGUGGUGCAACUAUCCCAGCUUUACCUUUGCCUACACCUAUUUUACCAGAUACCGCUCCUCCAUCUCCACCAUCUGGAACUACUUGUGCACCAUCAUUAGUGCCUGAGACAUGUUCAAGUAGUCCUGCAACAACAAAUUCAGUGAUAGCUCGGAAUCUUAUUGUUGCUGGUGGACCAGAAGCACUUCAUAGUGCUUUAACAGCUCAUCCCGCUAUUAUAUGGAUUGAAUUUGAUGAUAUAGGAUUAAAUAGUUGUGUUAAUGGUCCUACACCUGCUAUGCUUAUUAAUCAUAAUCUUGGAUUAUGUGCAGAUUCACCUGAAGUGUUGUUGGAUUCUGUAGCACGUCGAUUAUUUAUUUGUUUGUUAGCGGCAUUGAAGACAGUCGGCGCUCAUGGAGCACAUGUACAGUUGGAUACUAUCAAUGAACAUCGGGCAGAACUUUAUCGACGUUUUGGUUUUUAUCCUAUUCCAGCAGCUUCAAAUGAACAAACAACUGUUUUAGCUCGUUUAAUUUGA